AUGUUGCGAAAUUCCAAUUCCGAUUCUAAUUCCAAAGCAGGAUCAGGAAAGAAUAGGAAGGAGAUGAUAGUGGCAGUGUUAUUUGUUUGUGUUUGCGUAGUGACAAUUGAUUACGGAGUAAGAGUGACUGUGGCCGAAGAGUAUUUCAAACCGUUCAAUGUCACCUACGACCACCGCGCUCUCAUCCUCGACGGCAAACGCCGCUUCCUUAUCUCCGCCGGAAUCCACUAUCCACGAGCCACUCCCGAGAUGUGGCCUGACUUGAUUGCAAAGAGCAAGGAAGGUGGAGCGGAUGUUAUUGAAACUUAUGUCUUCUGGAAUGGGCAUGAGCCAGUGAGAGGACAGUAUAAUUUUGAAGGGAGAUAUGAUCUUGUGAAGUUUGUGAAGUUAGCUGCAUCCCAAGGACUCUAUUUCUUUCUCCGUAUUGGCCCUUAUGCGUGUGCCGAGUGGAACUUUGGCAAUAUGGAAAACCUGGGUUUCCCAGUGUGGUUGCGUGAUAUCCCUGGUAUAGAAUUUCGAACAAACAAUGCACCUUUCAAGGUGGACAGCUUUGUUGGAGGAGAUGAAACGCUUUGUCUCCAAGGUGGUGAAUCUGAUGAGAGAGGAAAUGUUGUUUUCUUGGCAAGGUGGUCCAAUAAUUUUGUUGCAGGUGGGAAGAGUAUUGAGAAUGAAUACGGGAACAUUGAGAGUUCCUAUGGCAAAGGAGGUAAAGAUUAUGUUAAAUGGGCGGCUAAGAUGGCUCUAAGUCUUGGUGCUGGGGUCCCAUGGGUCAUGUGUAGACAACAGGAUGCUCCAUAUGAAAUACAUAGCAAGGCACAAUUGAGGCCACCAGUAGCUGCCAUAGAAGCUACUAUUCUAUCCUUGUAUACCCAAUGGGGUGAAAACUUGCCUCAUAGACCUGUUGAAGAUAUUGCUUUUGCAGUUGCACGAUUUUUCCAACGUGGCGGAAGCUUUCAAAAUUAUUACAUGUAUUUUGGCGGAACAAACUUUGGUCGCACUGCUGGGGGACCUUUGCAAAUUACAAGUUAUGAUUAUGAUGCUCCAAUUGAUGAGUAUGGUCUGUUGCGUGAGCCAAAAUGGGGUCACUUAAAAGAUUUACAUGCUGCUUUGAAGCUUUGUGAGCCUGCCUUGGCUGCCGCUGAUUCACCAACAUAUAUAAAAUUGGGUCCAAAACAGGAGGUCUCUGAUGCAAGUCCCUUUGGGCUUGAAGUGUACAUUGUUUCCUGUUUUUUGGACUUACCAAUAUGGCCAUGGCUUGGGAUGCAACCCUUAGAAGGGUCAUUGGACGUGUCCUCCAAACCUGGAAUAACUAUUCAAGCAUCUGCACAUGUGUAUCAAGCAAAUGUUCAAUUAGAAGGAUCAAACUUGUCUCUGUUUAAAUCUCAAGGCAUAUGCUCAGCAUUUCUUGCCAAUAUUGAUGAACGCAAAGAGGCAACUGUGACAUUUCGUGGUCAAAGAUACACUAUACCACCAUGGUCUGUGAGUGUAUUGCCAGAUUGCAGAAAUACAGUUUUCAAUACAGCCAAGGUUAGAGCACAAACUUCUGUCACACUAGCAGAGUUUGAUUUGCCAACUAGCCACUCAAUAUAUGGAGUAAAAGAAGUUUCACCGUUGAAGGCAUAUGGGGAGCACUUAAAUGUAACAAAGGAUCAAUCUGACUAUCUUUGGUAUUCAACCAGAAUAUAUGUUUCAGACAGUGACAUUUUGUUUUGGGAGGAAAAUGAUGUCCGUCCAAAACUUACAAUAGAUGGUGUCCGAGACAUACUGCGGGUAUUUGUCAAUGGCCAGCUUAUAGUGGCAGCGGACGGCGGUGACGGUGGUGAUGACGGCGAAUGGUGGUGGCCAAUAGCAACUGGCAGUGAUCGCCGGUGGGCCGAACAGAACUAG